AUGACGGAUUCCGACCCAGCGCCCGUCGCGCAACCGGCUAAACCCCAGCCUACCGAAACCCAGACUCUGCCAAUUCGGGACUCUAAACCAGAACCCACCAAAAAAGAUGCGCCCGCCUCCGAUGGCGCCGAAAAACCACUCACUCCCGGUGAAUUGAAGAAGAAGGCUAAGGCUGAGAAGGCUGCUCGACGCGCCCGCGAAAAAUUGGAGAAGGACGGUGGUGCCCCUAGUGGUGCUGCUCCUGGUCCGGGAGCAAACCAGGCUCGCCCACCGAUCACACCGAAGAAGGACACUGCUGCUGCUGCGCAGAAGGGACAAAAGACACCGACUGCGCGCCGUGGCUCAGUGGCCCUUGCGCAGUCUGGAUCUGCACUCGUGGAGCAGAAGAAAAAGAGAGAUGAUAAGAAGGUUGCUGUUUUCGGUCAUUUGUAUGGCCAACAACGCCGUACUACUAUUGCCGGUGGUGGAAAGGAAGUGCAUCCCGCUGUCCUGGCCUUGGGAUUACAGCUUAGGGACUACGUUGUUUGUGGAAGCAGUGCGCGCUGUGUGUCGACCAUGAUUGCAUUCAAGCGAGUCAUUGAAACCUACACAACCCCCAUGGGAACAUCCCUGCCUCGUCACUUGACGAAUCACCUCUCGCAUCAAAUCACCUACCUCUCGACCUGUCGUCCACUUUCCAUCAGUCAGGGCAAUGCCAUCCGAGCCCUGAAACUCGCCAUCGCCUCCACCGACCCCUCCACCCCCGAAUCCUCAGCAAAGACCACUCUCUGUGAAUUCAUCGACAGCUUCAUUCGUGAAAAGAUCACCGUCGCAGACCAAGUCAUUGCCGAAAGCGCCGCACAGAAGAUCCAAGACGGCGAUGUAAUCGUCACCUUCGCAGGAAGCAGCAUCGUCAAGGAAACCCUCAUCUCCGCACACAACCAAGGCAAGCGCUUCCGCGUCUCAAUCAUUGAUUCCCGCCCUCUCUUCGAAGGCAAGAGUCUCGCCCGGGCCCUCGUGAGCGCAGGCCUCGAAAUCCAAUACUCUCUCGUCCAUGCAACCACCCACGCCAUCAAGGACGCCACCAAGGUCUUCCUAGGCGCCCACGCAAUGACCUCCAAUGGAGGCCUUUACUCCCGCGUCGGUACUGCCCUCGUCGCCAUGUCCGCCAAGGAACGCGCCAGCGGCGUCGAAAUCCCCGUCAUCGUCUGUUGCGAGACAGUCAAAUUCACCGACCGCGUGGCACUGGAUAGUAUCGUCGUGAACGAAAUCGCCGACGCAGACGAACUCGUCGUCAACCCCAGUCCUGAUCAGAUUACUGGUAUCCCUGAGUCUGACGAUGCCCCUGCAGUUGAUAACAAGAAGGGCAAACCUACCGGCCAUGAGCCUCCUGCUUGGUCUAAUGGAAUUACCAAGUCCCCUCUCACAGACUGGAAGACUACUCCUAACUUGCAGCUGCUUAAUAUCAUGUACGAUGUUACGCCUGCAGAGUAUGUGGAUAUGGUCAUCACUGAGAUGGGUAGUCUGCCCCCAAGUGCUGUGCCAAUUGUGCACCGCAUGGUUACGAAUCUCUGA